AUGGAGGGGCAGCACAAUCAGAAGGUCAAGAUUUGGUACAGCCAGAAGGACGGACCAACUUGGGGUGGCCGGGACCUCAGUCUCGGAUGCAGGCCUCUGGACCUCUCCCGGGUGCGCGCCCCCUCCCUCCCUCAGGUGUCUGUCUGCAGUCCCCCAGCCGCCCGGGUCUCUGGAGGCCUGUGGGGGCGGCUCUCCCCCUUCCGGCUCCGGCUGCAGCAGAGCCCGUCUCCGCAGGAAGCCUGUUUGGAAAACAUCCCCGCGCAGAACAGACUGCGCCGGGGCAGGCCCGCGCCCCGCGCCCGGGGCAGGCACAAUGACGGCCCAGCGCAUACGCAGAUACACACCCGGCGGCCCCUCCACACAAACACGCGCGCGCACGCACACAGUCCCGCACAGUCCGAGCCCCGCGGGCACUGCCCGGACGGGCGCAGAGCCCACCCCGGCCCGCGACCGCAGGCGCCAGCGCGCAAACAGCCACAGGCGCCCGCCCUCGGACCCACUCCCUCUGCCACCUCCAGACACGCUAACACGCCCCCCACGCCCGUCGGGGCCCGCCUGGCGCAGCCCCCGCCCCCUCCGCCCCGGCGGCCUCACCUGGCCGCGCUCCGAGCCCCGCUCGGCGCCGCUCCCUCUGCGCCUCGCCCCUGCUCGGCCCCGGGGCCGCUGCGGCGGGAUGGGCCCGGCCCGCGGCGGCUCCGCGCUGCCUCGUCACGGGGACACCCGCGGCCCGGGGAGGGGGACGAGUGCGAACCACCACGCUCCGCCCCCUGCCCCGAUGCCCCGCCCAAUUGGGCCCGCCCCCAGGAGAGCCCCCGCCCCAUCCUAGACUCCACCCCUUGCGGAGAAGCUUAG